UUAUAUGCGAAAGUUUAUGUGUUAUUGUACCUCUCAAUGCACCCACGAAAGCACAAUGUUUGUUGUUAUUUUUGGUUGUGUUGAAAAUCGCUGAGGGGUGUAAUUUCAACUUUUAACGCACAGCUACAACAGCGUUAGGGCCGCUGAAUGGAAAUCGGAUAGUUUAACUGCUCUGAACGCCUUGGAAACGGGGUCAGGGUGGAACGCGCUGGGGCAAACUUUGUGGUAUGAAAGAACUUGGACCUCAGUUACAAAGUAGACGAAGGUCCCGGUAAAGAAAUUUUGGGAAAAACAACUUCAAGGAUGAGAAUAGAAAUUUCCCUACAUAGCUGGAUAUGAAGAAUUUGAUGGCCAUGGUAUCCACGGCUUAAUAUUAGCUAUCAUAGUAUAAAACCACAUCCAUGGCGUCUGCAAAGAGUAAAAGCAGCAGCGAUAGCCGCAGUAACCCGAGGACGGGGUCCAAGAGCUCACGAGCGGCGUCCGGCAAGUUCUGGUCCAAGGUCCGGUUCAUGGAGGCGUUGGAGGAGGACAGCCAGGACGAACGCGGCAAUCUAGACACCCACGAGUACCAGUGUCCAGAUCUCCCGCCACUGACCAAGAUGAAGGACGCUAUGGCUAGAAGCAGGGUCAGUCACGGGAUAACGUACCUGCUGCCUAACGACAGGGGAAGAAACUCGGUGGACAAUCAUUACCGCACUGACCUGCGCGCCAUGUUCCGAGAGCCGUUUUACUCCCACCCAGUCAAAGAUUACAACGAUGAGUUGGUCAAUAGUGCAUCAAAGGUGCUGUUACGCCCGAAUACUUGGUCUAACAGACUGGACAAAUCUAGACCCAUCAUGGAGGUGCAGGUUAAUUCUGAUUCUGAGAAAUUUCGACAAGACUACUUGAAACUUAUUCCUAGGACUGGUGCUCAUAUUAGCAAAAAGAAGCAACGCUCUGACUUAUAUCUUCCAAUGAAACAGAAGGUUCCAGACGAAGUGAUAAAACUACGGGAAGAAGUUCAGAAUAUUAUCAAAAGUGUCCAGGAAGACAACGAGGAAUUUCACGAAUCUGACGAAGAUGAGGCAGACGACAAAAAACCACAGCGCGAGAUGACACGAACGACAGACCUCAGCCGACGACGCAGUGAAUACGGCACACACAGACGCCAUAGUGAGAUUGGACACGGGUUACACAGACGGAAAGAAAAGAGGUACAUCAAGACGGCAGCACACAUCGACAGUUACGACCAAAUAAGAAAUAAACCCGCCCCUAAACUGGUGGUCCCUCAAACCGUGUCAUCUCAUAGUCUGAACAGUGGAAAGAAGCAGGAUAUAUGGGAAUGGCUGCACAAUGCCAGAACCCAGGAGAGAGAUGAUUUCGAGUAUUUUCUCUCUAUUUGUGGAUGAUUUUUAAUAACAAUCAAGUUUCAGGCAGACUGAGAGAAUAUGGACAGUAUGGGCAAAAGUAAUUGAUUUUUAUUGUUUGAAUGUCAUGGGGUGGUAUUAAAUAUCACCCUGCUUUGCGGCAAUUUGUAAUUCGAACUUUCAAUAUAUUGAGUAGUUACAUCAUGGACCCAAGAGAUGCCUAGCGGGAAGAUUGGUCAACACAAUGACAAUAUGGCUUUCAGAGUGCUCUGUAUUUGCCAUAUCCAUGUCCGUAAGCCACACGGGUGCUUAAGUCUAUAUGUCUCAUUUUAUACAAUUGAACAGACAUAAAAAGCAGGGUAAACACUUUCAAACAUUGACAAAACCAAAGAUAAACCAUUGCCAAUGUUGUUAUCAUAAUACCUAUACGUCCCACCGGAUGUCUAAGUUUAUAUGUAGAGGUGUGGGGGGAUGCCUUCUUUUACAUUUUCUACCUAUCAGAUGCUCAAUUACGACCAUGACAUAUUUAUAGCUAGGUAAUGUGGAUAUUUGCAAUAAAAUG